AUGCAUCGGGGAAUAUUUUGUAUACCAAUCGAAGGACUAGGAGAUAAGGGAUUCAUCCAUAAGCUUGGGCAGGUGAAAAUGCUGCAGCAUGACGAGAAAAAACUCAAGUCAGAAGACGGUACUGGCGGUCAACUCCCUCGAGUCAAACCAGCCCUGCCAGCCAAGCCGAUCAAUAUUCCACCCCCAAACCAUCACCACAUUGUUGUGGCCGCAGGAACUGGUCUGGGUGCAAUAAAUUCCGGUUCUAACGGAAGUAAGGUGAAACAGAUUCGCAAAAACUUCUCCACUGCAAAGUCCGUUGACGGGGCUGAUAUUUGUGGCGACUUUGGAAGUGGCGGCGUUAGUAGACGACUAUUUACUAAACCCUCCCCUCCUCCAGGCGUCCCGGUGCCAGACAGAGGGGUGGGCGAUAGUGGAGCUGGCAAUGCGGUAGUUUCUUCCUCCUCGCCCAGCCGCAAGGUUGCAACCAAGACAAGACUCACUGACCAACAACCCAAAGCAACUCCAUCGUCUUCGCCAAACAUGGGCUGUUCGAACGAUUGCUGUGGAAUUAUUCUAAACUCGCACAAUCAUAAACAAACGACCCAACCAUCUAGCCUAGCGCACUCGAAGAACGGAACAAGUUGCAGCCUAAGCAGUGCCACCAAUAGUAUCAAACAUACGUUAAACGCAAAACUUUUCAGUGAAGAAUCGAAACCUCCCAAAGGAUCCCGGAAGCAGGAAGAAACUCGAAUAAAAUCUUCCAGUGACAGUGUUGACAGUUCGCUUUCCUCCAGUUCCGGUGGCUUUCGGGAUCCGGAGUUCAUCGCUCGUCAAACGAUGGCAUUCGAGCUGUACAAAUCACGGGAUGCUGCAACAUCGAGCAGCAGCAGUAACUGCAUCACAAAACCACCUCAGCACAUACAAAGCAUAUCACAGUAUCAGAAAUCAUCGAAACAACUCGAACAGAUGCUAGCACAACGACUCGAAAAAAGCCUUGCACUGGGAGGACCGUCGGGAUCGACCCCGCCAGUGCAUCCCAACACCACUGCCACCCACUUUAGGGCGCGAAGCAUCGAUACCGGGAUUAGUGGAGGCAGUUUAAGUACUUUCAAUGCGGCCGGAAGUAGUAGUAGUAGUACCGGGGGAUGUUUUCUCGGUGGCAGCACUAUUCCGAAGCAAAUUCAGCAGAAGUUACAGGAGGAGAUGAAGCUGCAGUGUAAAAAUAUAAAGGAUAAAUUUCUCAUUGAAAAACGACAUCCGCAGGAGCACUACAAGCCGGUGUAUCGGGAUUCGACGAAAAUGGUUCAUAGUUCCGGGUCUAAUGGUUCUAUCAAAAAAAUGGUUCAUAGUUCCGGGUCUAAUGGUUCUAUCAAA